AUGCCUUCUCUACGACGGCGCAACGGUCGCAGGGCUGCCUGUGAGGCCUGUCGCAGACGGAAAUUAGCUUGUGACCACAAUCAGCCGACAUGUCAACGAUGCCAGAAGCAUUCAAUCGAAUGUAUUUACCUGUCACAGUCAAAUAGCACGAAAAGUACGACCUCGGGAGAAACUCCGCAAUUACUUGUAGGAUCAGGGGCUUCCUACCUUGAGGUGCAUGCAACAUCCGCAGAGAACCACGGGGUUGAGGACCGGAGCACGCCCCUUAUCGAAAGCUCGAACGAAUACCUGGGACCAACGAGCUUCACCUCGGUAUUUGUGGAACAUGGAGAUUGCUUCGAGCUGGAGGAUGCCAACAAAGCUUCAGGAAUACGACGAGACUUGGCUCCAGAUCCCCAAGUUGACACACCACUUGUGCAGCUCGGCGCUCGUAUUCUGCGCCAUAUACCGGAGGAGCGCAACUGCUCCAUGCUCUUUUCAAGCCACGUCAAUCCAAAUGAUGGCUGGGUCCGGCUGGCAGGGCAUCACUCAUCAGACAGAAUGUGGAAUGCUUUCCGGCCGGCGCUACGACGACGGUCGGAAGUAGACAUGCUGGAAACGGCUGCAAUUCUCACCCGAAAUAGCAAAACACCGCUACAAAAGAAACCGGAUCCGCACGCCUGGCUGGCCUCCUUUACAGGGACACACAUGCGAUGGGAAACUCUUGGCAUUUUGUAUACCUACUGGGCUUGCGGAGCAAUCUCCUCCUCGUCGGAAAGCCAAGCGGUCGCCGAAUAUUGUCAGGCACAUUCAUCUGUUACGAACGCCAAACAAUUGAUGGCGCACUUCAAACGCUGUGCAUCGUUAUGCAUUGAUCUGUGCAAACAGCUUGGCUCUGUCAAUCUUCUUUUUGUGUAUUUGUUGUACAAGCAUAACAUUCUGGAGGGCAUUCUGAGCGGGGACAAGAGUUUCUCCCAUUGGACACAACAUGGCGAGUUAGUGGCCGUGACUACUUCUCUCGGACUUCAUCGUGAGCUUGCAACAGAGGCAGAAACUGUGAGUCUCCAAUUCGAACUGAAAAGGAGGCUCUAUGCCGCCGUUUUCAACAUUGACAAGGUCAUCUCAACUUUCACUGGGCGACCCCCUCUCUUGAGUCUGGCAUAUUCAUCUACCAGACUGCCACUAGAUCUGAGUGAUGAUGCCCUACUAUCUAGCGAUCUUCCGUCUGCCGCUGCGCAGUUAGACUCCCGUGGAUGGAACCAAGAUAACCAGAUCUACUCUACAACAAUCUUACGAUCGCGCACGAGCUUCGCCCGUAUCCGACAUGAGGUCUUGGAGGUUUUAGAAAGUUCAAUGGAUAAUUUGGCUGAGGGUGCCGUCGAUAGGGCUAUAAAUUUGAAGCAACGGUCCCAUGAAACAUACAUGCAACUUCCAUCGGUGAUUCAGUUUUCGAAAUCUGAGCUCAACAACACCAAUGUUCCCGGAUAUGUCCUCUAUGCACAGAUCCUCACGCGUUUGGAAUUUCUCUUGAACCUGUUUCUCUUGGAACGGCUGUUGAAGCGACACAAUAUCGUCACCGGGCAAGACCUUGUCGAAGUGAGUCAUGAAAUGCUGGACUCGACCUUGCUCUUCUGGAGGAAGAAAGACCGAUUUGUUGGUCUGUACGCUGACUUUGAGUGGCUGACCAUGUCGUACGCAAUUCCAGCAAGCGGCAUCCUCUGUCUGGAGCUCCUGCGACAAGCCACACACCCGCAAAGCUAUCAAAUACGCCUUCCACGAUCACCAAUCAUUCAGAACCUUAGCCUACUGGUGGUAUGCCUGGACUGGAUCGAGACUGAGGCUUCCUGCAAAAGCAUGGUACGUUCCAUACGGAGGAUUCUGUGUCGAUCUCUGGACCGGAUAUUGGAUCCGGAUCCUCCUGGAGUUGAGCAGCUGCAGUCUGUGGCACCGUUUCUGGAUGAUGAGCUCCCGCAAUAUCCGCACUUAGAGCUGCUGAACACGUUUGACUGGGUUGAUUGGGAUGGAAGUAUUGGUGACUGA